AUGGAUGUCCGCAAAACUUUUGCCGUUUCACAUCAUGGAAAGAGUGGAGGCCUUACACUAGACUGGCAAACUGGUUUCUCAUUAGCUGAGGGUGCUGAUUCAGCCAUAGUGUGGCAAUAUAAAUUCUCACAAUUACGAGGCUCCAGCGAUGAUGGCAAAUCAAAAUUAAAGUUACAUUUCCAGGAUCAUGAAACACGAGCAAUUGAAACAAAAGAACUAGAAUGUCAAGUGCUACAGAGUUUGUUGUUUUGUAUGCAUGCAUUUCUGACAGCUAAAGUUGCGUCUGUUGAUCCAGCAUUUUUAAGUUCUAUACAACAGACUUAAACUUAGUAACAACUAUAAAUGCAACUGUUUUGUUUUUAUUUUUUUAACAAAAUAUAUAACAAACAUUCGAGUUGUACGAGAGUAUACUUACUAUAUUACUUAAAUUAAUUAAAAGCAAAAAUGAACAAAAAACAAAACACUAUGAAUUCUAAGUAAGUAUGUAUUUACAUAAAUAUUUAUAUAAACAAUAUUAUUAAUUAUAUAAUAUUAUCAUAAAAAUCAACAAAAUUAUAUACAAAAGCAAACACAAACAAACAAGAAAACUAUUUAUUAAAAAUUUAACAAAAAAAACAAAUAAUUCAACUAUUAUGAAACUUUAAAUGU